AUGCAUCUGUCGGACUUUUUUUUGUUCUUGGCUUGUUUAGCUUCAACUAUCUUUGCGCUCAUCGUGAGCGAGAAUCUCGACGUUGUUGGAAAUGCUAAUCAUUUUGGUGAUCUCUACAUCGACCCAGGGGUCUAUCUAGCUUUCGACAAUAGAAACGGCUACAUUCGUAACACUUUUGAUGGCGUUGUUACCGUAAACGGACAGUUGUUUGUCAUCGACACUGGAAAUAAUGAGGGCAUGUCUGUGACUUUUGGCCUGGGAUUCACCAAUAACGGAGAUGUGGUUCUCAAUGCCGCAAGUGAAACCUCUGCUUGCGAUUUCCGCUUUACCGGACCGGCGUUUGUCAACAGCGGCCACAUUUACAUGGGUGGAAUUGGAAAUACCGGAGGCUCGACCAUGAACAUCUGGCCCAGCUUAGUGACCGUCCCACAAAAUUAUGGGACGAUCACUUACGCACAGAGUGUAAGCAGAAGCGGCGGAAAUGCCUUUUUUGGCCAAACGGGACAAUCGGUUCUUAACGAGGGUACAAUAUGUUUGUACCAAAUGAACUUUUAUCAGCGGUCCAAAGUUCAGGGAACAGGAUGCUAUUCCGUCGGACAGGAUUCCCUCUUGAUUAUCGACCAGGCGAGUACUAAUCCGUUGCCGUCUUCGCAAACCAUUUAUCUUUCGACAUCGUCGUCGCAAGUCAGCUUUGGGCUUCUGAUGCCUUCAAAUACAUUUACUAUUGUCGGAUGGGGCAACGGUAACAAAAUAGGGUUUCUUACUCUCGUACUUUCAGCUACUAUCAGUGGGUCCGUUUUGACUGUGGAUGUUGGAUUUUUCACUUUCACUUUCAACGUGGGCGAAGGCUACGAGCAGCAAUACAUUCUGGUUCUGAGUGGAGGUUUUUCGGGGGGCAUUUUCAUCUUGGCCUACGUAUCCUAUAGCCAGCCUCCACCUUCAGCUUCCAGUCCAUCUGUUUGCAAUGAUUGUCCCACAAUUUUCGAUUUUCCAGAGCCUCAGAGGAGUUCAAGUAGCUCGAGCGAAAUAUCGAGCUCAAGUGAAAUCUCAAGUUCAAGCAGUUCAAGCGAAAUCUCAAGGUCCAGCAGUUCAAGUGAAAUCUCAAGCUCGAGUAGCUCAAGUGAAAUAUCAAGUUCAAGCAGCUCAAGUGAAGUUUCAAGUUCGAGUUUUGAAUCUAGCUCAAGUUACAGUUCCAGCUCUGUUGAAUCUAGUGUGCUGUCAGUUUCUAGCACCCUGUCAAGUUUCAAUUCCGAAUCAAGCUUUAGUUCCUCGAGCAUUGUUGUUUCAUCAUCCAGUAGUAGUCACGAACAAAGCUCGUCCCAAGUCACCUUUCUGGUUGAAUCUUCUUCUUCUUCUACCACCAUACCUGACAUUGUUUCCAACUCAUGCCCAGUCUGUUCACGGUAUACAACCACUUUUACCUUGACCGAAAUAGGGACAGAAAGAAUUGUGUCUGGCGUGGUUGUUAUUACUACAACUGAAGGGUUAUUAACUACUGUGACUUCUCUAUUUCCAGAGGAGUCACCACUCACCUCUUCCAGUUCCCAAACUCCAUCUCCUGUGUCUGAUAUUUCUGCGUCCACUACCAGAACUAGUUCUGAUAGCGCAUCACACUCUUCUUAUGCGCGAUACUAUAACACUUCGGAUGAAGAUACAACUACUUCGUCAAAAAGCACAUUUGUGCCCAUCACUGACUACUUUUCAACGAAGAAAAUAAAAACACUAACUUCAGUUGAAGUUGAAACGGAGACUCUUGCGGCUUACGUUUCCACAAAACAUUCUUCUGGCUAUAGUGAAGUAACAUUAUCAACUGAAACAGAUAAUCCUGCUUCUAUUUUUCCAGAAGGUGGAUCUCAAGCUAGCGAUACAUCCAAGUAUAUUUACCCAGCUGGUAUCUCAACUUCUACAACGACGCAAGGUGCUACCACGUCUAUUCUAGCUGUAACACAAGCCGUGUUUAGUCACGAAAACCCUUCUGUGGUAAAAGCGAGUUCCAAGCCCAUAGCCACUGGGCCUAUUCCAUCAAUAUCAGUGACUGGAGGGGCUAAUUUCAACCACGUUUCCAUUUUUAUUACUCUUGUGUCAAUUUUCAAUUUCUUUCUUUACUAA